AAGUACCCGGAGAGCCAGUCACCGCUGCCCAUAUCCUGGGAUACCCUUCUCUCCAUCUACAGGGAGCUGGUACGGCUCAUUAACCGUCUGCCCUUCAAGAAGAAGCUGAUCGUGUGUAUCGUGUUUAAGGGGAGCAAGUUUCGCUUCGAUUUGGGUGAAG